CCGGAAGUGCAGGAGCGCUCGACGACCGAAACCCAACCAGGCAGAAGUUUCUCCCCAGACGAGUUCGGCUUCGUUCAGCAGCUCGUUGGAGGUGAAGUGUUCGCUAGGAGAGAAGCAGAAGAACCGAGAGGAGCAGAUCCACCCACCAUGCCUUCCAGUAUGGACAAACAUCUCUUUAAUUUGAAAAUGGCCGCCAAGGAUCUCCAAAGAAACUCCAAGAAAUGUGACAAAGAGGAAAAAGCAGAGAAGUUGAAAGUCAAGAAAGCCAUACAGAAGGGCAACACAGAAGUGGCGAGGAUCCAUGCAGAGAACGCCAUCAGACAGAAGAACCAGUCUGUGAACUUCCUGAGGAUGAGCGCUCGGGUGGAGGCCGUUGCAUCAAGGGUUCAAACUGCAGUGACAUUGAACCAGGUCACUAAAUCUAUGGGUGGAGUGGUGAAAGGCAUGGACAUGACCCUGAAGAGUAUGAAUUUGGAAAAGAUUUCAGCUCUCAUGGAAAAGUUUGAACGGCAGUUUGAGACUCUGGAUGUCCAGACAGCCCAAAUGGAGGACACCAUGAGCAGCACGACAACACUCACAACACCACAGAACCAAGUGGAUUCAUUGCUGCAUGAAUUGGCAGAUGAAGCAGGAUUGGACCUGAACAUGGAGCUCCCCCAGGGACAGACCGGAUCAGUGGGUACCAGCGUGGCCUCUGCAGAACAGGAUGAACUCUCCAACAGGCUCGCCAAACUCAGAGAUCAAAUGUAGUGGACGUCACUACCUGAAUAUUACUCCUAACACGUUAUAUCUUCUAGCUCCUCUUUACAUUUAAUGUCUCUCUGGAGGAGUUACUGUAUCAUGUAUUUUUUUCUCACAUAACAGCCCUCACUGGUUCUAUGUUUUUGAUAACCUCAGCAAUAGGACGCCCAAGCAAACAAAACUGUUAAAUGUGUAUGAUUAAAAUCUCCACACAUGAAAGGAAUUAGGAUUGCAUCAGUGAUUACCCUGUAUAUUAUUUAUAUACAAGUUAUUCCUACUUGUGGUUUAUAAGCUGUAGGUUUUUGGAUACUGGGUUUCAGUUUUUUUCUUUGUAUGUGCAUGAUUGCAGAUGGCAUAUAUGCCUUUUUUUUUCCUUUUAUCAGAUAAUGAAAGACCUCCUCUUCCUCCUAUCUGCUGAAUAGAAAACGUGUGUUGAUUUGUUUUAUUUUACUUCUGACAAAUAUUUUAAGAAGAUACCGGGACUGGUCACCUUCAGUUUUUUUCACUGAUUGUUUGGGAGAGGGUUUCAGUUUGGAGAUUACAUACAGUAAGUAAACAAUAAAGUUUUAUAAUACUUUUA